AUGUUACUUUUACUUUUAUUAACAAUACCUUUGUUAGGUGUAUUUACUAUUUCUACGGGUAUAUCUUAUAACUUAAGCGAUUUAAAUAUUAAACGUAUAAAAAAGAUUGCUUUAACUGCAUCUAUUAUAAACCUUUUCCUUUCUUUUUUAAUUUUUAUACUAUUCGACGCUAGUAGUAAUCAAUUCCAAUUUGUACAAGAAUAUCAUGAAAUAAGCUCUUUCGAUUUUUACUUAGGGUUAGAUGGACUUUCUAUAUACUUUGUAUUAUUAACAACUAUGAUAACUCCUAUAGCAUUAUUAAGUAAUUGAAAAUCUAUUCAAGAUAAUGUAAGAUCUUAUGUUAUAAUUAUACUACUAUUAGAGAGCUUGUUACUAGCAGUAUUUUUAGUGUUAGAUAUUUUAUUAUUUUAUAUUUUUUUUGAAAGUAUCUUGCCACCGUUAUUUAUAUUAAUAGGUCUAUUUGGAUCAAAUAACAAAGUAAGAGCUAGCUUUUAUUUAUUUUUAUAUACAUUGUUUGGAUCAUUGUUUUUAUUAUUAUCCAUAUUAACAAUAUCUUCAAUAAUGGGAACUACAGAUUUUGAUGCAUUAUACAAAACCAAUUUUUAUUAUUCUACACAGUUGUUUUUAUUUUAUGGUAUAUUUAUAGCCUUUGCUGUAAAAACUCCAACUAUAUUCUUAAACACAUGGUUAUUAAAAGCUCACGUAGAAUCGCCUUUAGGUGGUAGUAUAAUUUUAGCUGCUAUUGUUUUAAAAUUAAGUUUAUAUGGUAUUUUUAGACUUAUGCUACCUUUAUUACCUAAAGCUUCCUUAGAUUAUACUUAUAUAAUCUACCUUAUAGGUGUUAUAACUAUAAUAUACGCUAGUUUUAGUACCUUAAGAACAAUAGAUGUUAAAGAACUUAUUGCUUAUAGUUCUGUAUCACAUGCAGCUGUUUAUCUUAUCGGUGUAUUUAGUAAUACGAUCCAAGGAAUAGAAGGUGGUAUAGCUUUAGGGUUAGCCCACGGAUUUGUUUCAAGUGGUUUAUUUAUUUGUGCUGGAGGGGUAUUAUAUGAUAGAUCUGCUACAAGGUUAAUUAGUUUCUAUCGAGGUAUAGCUCAAUUAAUGCCUUUAUUUUCUAUUCUAUUCUUUAUUUUAUCUUUAGCUAAUGCGGGUACUCCCCUUACUUUAAAUUUCGUAGGUGAAUUUAUGUGUUUAUAUGGUACCUUUGAGAGAUUACCUUUAUUAGGUCUUUUUGCCAGCUCUUCUAUAGUAUUUAGCGCUGCAUAUACUAUAUAUAUGUUUAACAGAAUAGCUUUUGGAGGAUCAUACAGUAAAUUUUUUGAAGUUAAUAUAAGUGAUGUAAAUAAACGUGAAUUUUUUAUUUUACUUACAUUAGUAGUAUUUACUGUUAUAUUAGGUAUUUACCCUGCUCCUAUUUUAGACGGUUUACAUUAUUCAGUUUCAUCUCUAAUAUAUAGUAAUUUUAGUUAA